AUGGUGUUAAUCUAUGUUGAUGACUUGCUUGUUACAAGGAAUGAUCACAAGUUGAUAUUGGAGGCAAAAAGUAUUCUCAAAGACAGGUUCAAGAUGAAAGACUUGGAUGAAUUGAGAUAUUUUUUGGGAAUAGAGUUUGCCAGAAAUGAUUCAGGGAUUCUUAUGCAUCAAAGAAAAUAUUGUCUUGAGCUAAUCUCUGACAUUGAAUUAUCUAACUCAAAGACAGUUCGAACUCCUAUUGAGCUGAAUCAAAAGCUCACAACUACAGAGUUUGACUUACAUUUUCCUACUGAUAAUGAAGAUGAUAGGGUGCUGGAUGAUCCUAGUGUGUAUCAGAAAUUGGUGGGAAGAUUGCUUUACUUAACAAUAACAAGACCAGACAUAACUUUUGCAGUGCAGCUCCUAAGUCAAUUCAUGCAUAGCCCUAAGACAUGUCAUAUGGAAGCAGCAAUGAGGGUAGUAAGAUAUGUCAAACAAGCACCAGGAUUAGGAAUUCUUAUGACAGUUAACACAAAUAACCAGUUAAUUGCAUACUGUGAUGCAGAUUGGGUUGCAUGUCCAAACAACACAAAAUCAAUCACUGGCUACAUGGUUACAUAUGGAGGUUCUUUGAUCUCAUGA